UUUGUUGACAUUUUCACAAUUCUUUAAAACACGGCUGUUCCUUUCAAUUAUGGACUUAGUUUGUUUACAUAUGUCGUGAUAACCUACUCAAUGAUAUUUUUAGACAGCUCUUCAAAAACAACGUUCCCUUUCAAAACGCUUAGAAGGAAAAAAUGUUUCCAGAUUUUUACUUUGCAAAAAGACCCCGCAAAUUGAAGCUGCAGAAAUUCAUUGGUCUGCUGACUUUGUUUUGUUUGCUAAGUUUAUCUGUUCUUCCCCGUAGAGAAAAUUGUGAAAUAACCUCAAAUAGCUACUUCAGCAGAAGAGUUUGUAGUUUUCAACAGGGACGAAAACAUAGUUAAAAGGAAGUAAGGUGAGGUUGACUUACCGUCUCGGUUUUUCUCUAUUUGCACUCCUCCUUUUUUUCCAAUUAUCCUAUUUUUAUUCCUACAAGUAUAGCAAAAAGGUCGAGAGGCGAUAACAUUGAAACUGGGAUUUCGGUGACCUCGAAAAGGGAAUUAAAAAGUUUUAGAAGUUCCAAUGUUGUAGUUUUCCAAAUUUUGGAGUGCAAGAUAUUCAAUUCCAACGCAUUUAUGCUUACAUAAUGCAAAUAAAAUGCGUCUUUUAAGAUUAGAAAUAAAAGAUGCAUUUUAGAUGUGUAUAACACACUUUUUAGAUAAUACAGACAUCUUUUAGACGUUUAGACUAAAAGAUACUGCAAAAAGAUGCAUUAAACGAACAAAUCAGCCGUUAAAAAGACGUCUUUUAGAUGUCUUUUUGCCGGCUGGGCAAAAAGCAGUUAAAGCGCAAAAAGAAUUUAUUUUAGAAAUUAGUAUAACUGUACCCUUCAUCGCAUAGAUCUUGAAACGCUGAGCAAGAAAAUGUAUAGGAUCAUGUACUUUUGACAAAAGGUUGCAGAGAUAACCGGUUUGAAGGUUUUAUGAUGACGUCAUCAACCCAUCCACUCCAAAACGGAUUUGGGGACCAAGGUUUAAAAAAGUUACCCAAAUUAGUCCUAGGUGGUCCCUAGUUACCCACGCGGUGAAAAAUCAUUGACGUCACCACCUCGUUUCCAAGUUAUUUGGCCUCAAAGUUUUAGGUGCAUUGUAAGGCUUCAUUACUUUAAUGUUGCCCUAUCGAAAAAAUGUUUUUUUGCUAAGUUUAUAAAUUUAUUAUAGCUUUCCACUUGCCGAAGUUGGAAUGGAAGGUGGUUAAGGAGAAGGGCAGAAGUGUGAGCUAAAGUAACUUUGGGCCUCAAUAUUGUUUGUUUCAAUUAAAUUUGUUUUUAUAGUGUUGGUUCGUAACGAUUGUUUGGUUACAGGCAAAAAAGAAAGUUUUAGGUAACUUGACCGACUUUCUUUGUUGAACAGAACUUUGUGUGCAAGUUUUACAAAAGAAAGAGAUAUUCUUUCUUCCACUGGAAGCCAUUAUAAUGUUAGCACGUCAUGGUCACUGCAACGACGACAGCAAACGAAACUUGCCGAGGAUCUUUGUAGCUUUGUAGUUUCGAAAGAUAUUUUGGUAAAUUAUUUUAGUAAAUAUAACAGGAUGUAAGAACCGAACUAAAUAUUGUAAUGAGAGAUGAAGACAAUAACAGUACUAUCAAAAGUAACUUAAGUUGAAAGGCACAUCCAACUAAAUCUGAUCGUGAUAACACAAUGAUAGAAUAGGUAAGUACAAUAAUAUGCUAAAAUGAACCAUCCAACUAUUGAAUCUUAAUAAAAAUAACCUUCAUAAAGACAUAGAAAAAAAACGAAGCUGUCCCAGGAUCUAUAUUAUAAUACCCGUAUGCGUCUGUCUGUCUGUCUGUCACGCAGAAUGGUACCCGAGACGCACGCAAUGCAGUAUAAAAAGGACGGGCGAACCCGUGGAUUUUUCCACGAGCCACCGACUAGUGUUCUUAUAAUUUUGGAAAAUUUACUUCACUAUAAACCAUAUAUAAACCAUUAGCAGUGGUUAUCAGGAGUAUUGCUUAAUAGUGUAAAAAACUCCAUGUAAAGAUCUUGUCAUAAACUCUAUCAUAAUGUCAGAGUUAAUAUGUUGUAAUUAAGGUAGUUGCGCUCUACAACAACUGUCCACUCGAAUAAAGUAUUUUAAAGGAGGGAGUAGUGCAUUUAAAGCUCCCAUUUGAGCUACGAAGCUCAAGCAAGCACAGCAACCGCUCAACUAGACAUUCGCCUAAGAUAUCAAUCCAUUCUCAUUAUGAGCGCUAAGCAGAAAGGAUAGAUUCACACUUUUAUAGUCUCUCGCAUGACUCGGCUCGGUUCAAAAGACCUUUCACACUGGAAGCGAACGCUCUACCAAUAAGGCUAUCAGGCGAUUAUUGCAGAAAGGUAAACUAGUUUUAUAUGUCUCAUUUUAAAGAAUUAUAAAAAAUUAUAAGGGACACAAUAAGGUGUUCUUGUCAUCAAAGCUGCAGUAAAACAAAGUAAAUGCGAAUAACUCGUUUAUUAUACAAGAAGUCGAGAUCUAUUAUAGUAACUCGCCAUAGAAUGACUGUGGUAAAAAUGUAAAAUAUAAAAACAAGUUUAUAAAAUAGCAUAAGCUUCUCGGUUAAAACCAUCCAUAGUGCAUACAUAGAUGUAAUAAAUUUAAAGUCGUUUUUUUACAUUAGUACGAGUUUUUUUAAAAAGUAAUUUACAUAUAUACAUAAAAUAUAACUAUCCUAAAGAAGGCAAUUAUCGUUAACUACAUACAUAGAAAUCACAUUUGCUAUCACACGUUUAUCAGCUAGUAAACAUUUUGUGAUAACGUAGACGUAUACAUUUCUGUCAUUCUUGUCAUGUCACUCUAUUUCUAAAUAGCAGAAGUUUUUUAGAUUCAAGUUGUUUAUUUAAUUUUGGACGUUUCAAUGUUAUAAAUGAAGCUUCCAAGUUUUUUCUCAACCUCGUUCUCAGAGGUGCUUUCAUCAAAAUUUUUCAACUAAAUUGAUGAUCAGGAUUACGGUGAGUAUGGUUGGCUGGUUCGGAAUUCUUGGUUGGAUUAUUAUGCUCAUUCCAGCGAAUAACAGUAUUUCGUCUUGUUUUGCCAAUGUAAGAUGUGUUCCUUCAUAAAUAACGCAAGAAGGGUAUGGAUUUCGAUCUUUUAGUAAAAAAAAGUCGAGAUCUGUUUUAAUAGAAGGAAGAUCAUUCUGAACUUUUCAAUGGCUAAUGUUUCCACCAGCAGUUCUUUUAACGAACAUGCGUACUUGCAUCCAAUUCAGCUUUAAUGGAUCUAGUUAAAUAUUCUUGAAAGCGUAAGAUGACAUCGAGUAACACAGCAUCCGUUCAUUGUCUCGCUAAAAGAAUAAACUGCGACCUAUGAAGCUGUCUAAUUGUUCCUGUUGGAGUCAAGAGAGGUCAUGACGUAGAUGACACAAGAUGAAACAAUUAUUCGUAGCUAUAUUAGAAAAUCGUUUGAAGAAGAAGACAAAAAUCAAAUUGGACGUUAAGAAUCUUAAAUUGAUAGCAUUUCAAUACUUUGGACUACGAAAAUUGGAGUCACAGCAAGGCCGAAUUACCGACACAGUCAUCAGCCAGGAUCAGCUAAACUUUUAAAUAUCAAAAUGAAGGUCAAAAUUAAACAAGAAUUAAAUUUUCUAUCCAGCAGUACAACUUCGUCAACUUUUCGAUAGCAGGUGGCCAGAAAUUAGGUCUAAUAACAACAUAUUGUCGGCGAAAUGUUGUUUCGGGUUCUAAGGGGCUGAGGCCUAAGGCGAAUGGGGAUUUUAAUUUAUGUAAAUUGAAAAAAACUUUAGAAAGCAAUUCUUUUUCAACACCUUUCAAACUUUUACCAAAAUGCAAUAUAAUUUUUUGAAAUUUAUAAUUUCUCCUAACCUUGCUGAAGAUGAUAUUGCAAAUUAUUGAUUUCUUUUAUAACUUUCGAUUUGUCAAAUGUUUGUAUUUAGACACCAGUUUUGUAGAACGAAAACGUUUGGUAACUACUCCCAAUUAUUAUAUCCCUCAUUAAUAGCACAAAUAUUUUAUCCCAACUUCGAUUUGCUGCUUUUGUUAAAAGUCUUAACAAUGCGUGCGGUAAGUUUGGUAAAUCUCGCACCACAUGUUGCUAUUGUAGGGCUAAGAAUAAGGUAUUUUUAGGGUAUUUAUUUCUAUUCUUUUCUUCUAGCCAACAAUGAUGAAUAACUUGAAAUAUGGAAUUGUCAUCGCAUUAUGGCACAUUAUGUUGAAAGUUCAGGGUGGAACAUUAAAGGUCUUUACUCCACAAUACGACAUUAAAAAGCAAGUUAAAAUCGCAUGGGAAAUUAGUCACCCACCUAAAGGCAGGCUAAAAAGCUUUGGUGUAUAUAUCAGACCCACAAUGCACAAAAUAGUUUUCUACGAAUCCAACCAGCUUGGUCCGUAUCUAACGAAAAAUGCUGUGGCUUUUAUUGGCAGGGAGAGUAAAUUUACAAAAUCAGGAAAGCAGUUCUCUCUUUCAACACUUGUACAAGAGAAGGCGUUGAUGUUCUAUGCACAAGCAAUUUUUGUUGAUGAUGUAAACAAUGAGAAAGCUGCUAAUGUGGUGAUAUAUAAUUUAGAAGAGUAUGACGAAUACAUGAAAAAACAGAUGAAAACAACGACUCGGGCACCAUUUUUUAGUGAAGUUGAGAAAAAAGAAGAUAGAGCGAAGGACAAAGCAACCACGAGUAACAAGAGUAUCAUAACUGCUGCAUCGAUCAGUGUCAUCUUAUUUACAGUAGCGCUAGUCAUUGUUUUGAUUAUGGUGAAGAAAAAACAGAAAAGAAUUAGAAAGUCUACACACGUUCUACAUGAAACGAUUAAAAAGAACAAAGAAGAUUUUGAAUACACAGAUAUCGACCCUAAACACGUCAAAGAAUCCUUAUACACGAGUUUAAAAAGAAAAGAACCUUGGGUGACCUGGCCUCGACUUCAACUUGUAGAGAUUGAAAACGAGGAUAUUUACGAAGAGCUGAAGUUUUCUGAUAAGAAAAAAAAGCCAGAUCAAGAUGGGGACAGUGAUUACGUCAUAGUGGAAGAUGAGAGCUUUUGUAACCCCGUUAUAAGCGCAGUGCCAAAAAUUAGCAGUGAAGGGGAGAUCGGGAAUAAUAUGGUGGAGGAAAAUGUUACAAGAAAGAGUAAUUGCGAAAAUAAAGGAGAAUUGUCUGAAUCUAUGAAUGAUGAAGUUGGCGGGAAAAAUAAAGAGGAUACGAAUACCGGCGAGGAUUACUUAGAAGAUAUAUACGAAAGCAAACACACUUAUUUGGACUUAUUAGAGUAAAUGAGAAGAUGGUGAAAUUGAGAGCUGGAACUCUUAAUCGUACCAGAAUCAUGUAGAAAACUGUGCAAGAAUAUUUGUGACUUUUCAAUCUUCACUUAAAAUAGGAGAACAAGUUAACAAUUCGUUAGAACACAUUUCAGUUGAAUUUGAGUGACUCAAUAAAUAUCAGUUUGUCCAUAAGUCAUAAUAACUACCUCUAUGAAAAUGUUGUUAUGUGCUACGUUAUAAUGAAAACAAACAGUCUUCUCUUGUGAUGAUUUAUAUAUUAUGUGUAAUUAUGUAAAAAAAUUAAUUGAUGCUUCGUUCA